AUGAAAUUCAUCUUCCUGUGUAUUUCAAGCCUCUUCGCUGCCGAAGCUUUGGCCUCGUCCUUUGCUCGCGCUUCCUUCAAGCCAACGCAUCGCUCGGUGCAGGCAAACCAUGCUGGUCGUAGUGCAUUGACGAAGAGAGAUUCGUCGCCACUAUGCUCUUCUACGGCGCCCGUCAAGCCCAAGAUGUUCAUCAUCAGCAUGUUUUCCUCCGAGGCAGACAUCUGGUAUGAGGACACCACACUCAACCUUUACGCGAAUAAUGUGACCGUGCCUGGUUUCUCUUCUCUCUUCCCUGACGCACACUGUACCGCGUCUGGUGAGGUCUGCCAAAUGACCACUGGCGAGGGAGAAAUCAAUGCUGCCGGUUCAGUUCUCGCUCUUUGGUUAUCCGGGUGCUUUGAUUUGACCUCCACCUACUUCAUGAUCGCUGGUAUCUCUGGCGGAAACCCUCAUCGCGUGACCACCGGCUCUGUGACUUUCGCCAGAUACGCUGUGCAAGUCGGCUUGCAAGAAGAAUUUGACCAUUUCCAAACUCCCUCCAACGCUACAUCUGGGUACUAUCCUCAGGGCGCCUAUUAUCCCGACGAGGCCAGUUCUGAAGAUUAUCCUGGUUCACUCUACGGCACUGAAGUCUACGAAGUUAACGAGAACCUCCGUGAUCGUGCAUACUACCUCGCAUCCCUGGCUACUCUCAACGAUACCGAUGCUGCGAUGUCGUACCGCGCCAAGUACGGUUACUCUCCUGCCAACCAACCUCCUAGUGUGGUCAAGUGCGAUAGCGCCACGUCCGAUCAAUACUGGUCCGGAUCUGUUCUGGGCGAUGCGUUCGGCAACUACACCUCACUCCUCACCAACGGCUCCGGAAUCUACUGCGGUACCCAACAAGAGGACAACGCAACUCUAGAAUCACUACUCCGUGGUGCCAUCCUAGGCAAACUCGACUACAGCCGCAUCAUCAUCAUGAGAACAAUUAGCGACUUCGACCGCGCACCACCCGGCGAGACCGAAGUCUACCAUCUUCUUUAUGCUGAGCAAGAGGGCUUUGUCCCUAGUAUCCAGAAUAUUCACAAUGCGGGUAUUGAGAUUGUCAAGGAUGUGAUGAUGUACUGGAAUGGAACGUAUGAUAAGGGUUUGACACCAGGCAAUUAUAUUGGAGAUGUGUUCAACAGUUUGCCCGGUCCCAUCUCGCCUGAUAUCGGCAACGAGGCCAACUACAUCAACUAA